UUUUAGUGAAACUGUUUUUUUUCACUUAAAUUUUUUAAAUGAUUUAAAACAAAAGGAAAUAGUCCCAGGUAGUUAACUGUUUGCUAUCAAAUGUAUAAGUGAGAAGAUACCUUGCCAUGCACCACCCAGAGUGGAAGAGUCUAUGUAGAUACAGGUAGAGCCAGAGCGCCAGAAGCGGGCCACAGUGCUAGAGUCUGAAGGGACAUGAGAGUCAGCUAUCAAUGUGGCAGAGGAAAGAAACAGGCCCAGAGUCUGGCCUCCAAAGCAGAAAAGACUAAACAAAUAAAUCAGGGUGCAGGAGAGGAGAGUACAGUUCUGGCCAAGGCUAAAGGUGAAGCAAUUCGAAUCCUGGAUGGGGCUCUGACUCAACAUAAUGAAGAUGCUGUGGCUUCGCUGAUUGUAGCUGAGCAGUGUGUCAAUGCAUUCGCCAAACUUGCCAAGGAUUCCAACACGCUCCUACUGUCCUCCAUCCCCAGCUAUGUCACAAGUACAGGGGCCCAGGCCAUGGGUAAUAUGUGGCGCUCUCACCACAGCCCCAGUGCCAGGAGCCCAGAACUUCAGUGAAAACAGCAGAGAUGCCCAGGCUACAGAUGCAAGUCUUGAAAAACUAGGUAGAGUCAAGCUCAGUUAGUGAAGAUGUCUUGGCCAGGGAAUCUGGGAACAAGGAGUAGUACUCUCAGAUUCUGGCUCUAGC